CGCAGGCAGUUUUUGAGCGGAGCGGGACGCACCAGGGCUUCCACCAUUGAAGGAAACGGAGAGGCGGGCCCCUCCCCCGCAGUGUCCUUCACAACCAGCAGGGCGGCGAGAGAGAGCCGGGAGCGCAAUCCGGGCGUGCCGGGGAUGAGUGAAUUCUGGCACAAGAUCGGCUGCUGCGUGGUGGCCAAACCACCGCCGAAGAGGAAGAGGAGGAGGAAGAUCGACCGCACCAUGAUUGGGGAGCCCAUGAACUUCAUGCACCUGACGCACAUCGGCUCGGGGGAGAUGGCAGAGGGACUGCCGGCGUCUGGGUCGGUCCAGGAACAGAUGAGGUCAAAAGGACCUAGCGCCAAUGGCCGGAGAAGCCUGUUAUAGCGGGAUGAAGGGCCAAUCCGGUGAAGCCUCCAUUCUUCCACUUUGCCCCUGACCCAACCCAGCUCCACCCAACCUAACCCGACCGACUAGCACUUAGAAGCCCGGAUAUCCACAAGUUCCCACCCCGCCCUCCCCUCAAACCUACAUUCAGCUUCUUUACUGGACUAUGUCUAGAGAAAUGUGUUAAGCCUCCGAUUAAUCUCUGUCUUUGAGCGGGGACACGGAGGGACCGCUGUGUGUUUUAUUAAAGGAAAGUAUUCACUCGUUUCUCAAGCUGGACGAGAGCUGAGAACCUCCGGUGUUGUGAUUUUUGCGGGAGUUUAGAGAUUUAAAACGCAUGCUGGAAUCUCUUGCUUAAAAGAUCCACGUGUGGACUUCUCGGGAUCCUCCUAAGGGGUCGUCUGAAAUCUCCACACCAUUUCCCCAACUGAAAAAAACCGAAAGGGAAAACCGUUUCCCUGGGGGGGAAACCUGCGAAACAAAAUGAGGAUGCUCCCUCACCUCCCGAUGCCAAGGGUUUGUGUACAUGUCCUUUUGUGUGUGUGUGUGUGUGUGUGUGUUUUUUCACUUGUACCUUUGAAAAAUAUGCACAACUGCAUUGGUUAAUUCCAUUUCCACCAUUGACCCACCCCCAUUAUCAGUAUUGUGUUUUGCGAUUUGUGGCCUUGCAGUUUAGAUUUAGUUUUUCACUCGAAUCAGUUUCUGUCUUCCUGCUACUUCACUGUCGAUAACGUCGACAGACUGCCAUGUGAAACGUUUUGCAGCAUGUUCCAAAAACUGAUCUAGGAUCAGCUGUCCUUCCCUCCCAAUCAGAACCCCGGCCACUCUGUAAAAGAAUGCCACUGAUCUAGGAUCAGCCUGUGGUGAUAGCAUCUUAUCGCCUUUCCAAACAAAAGGAAAAAACAGCCUUUGUCUACCAAAAGAAGCAAUUGAGAUUUUGGCAGAAAAUUUAAUUAAAGCUUCUUGAAAUGUGCAUGGCUGCAGACCCUCUUUGGUUUUGAAUGUUCUUGUACAGAAUUUGAUCGUAAUCUUCGACUGGUCAAAACCAAACUGAACCUGAAUAAACCAGGGCUGACUUGUUGCCAAGAAUUGAAGACCAGUUGCUGUCCCUUCAUAUUAGAGAUGCUUUGAGUACAGGCUCCUGUCUGAGGUUUUUCCCCUUUAGUUCAUAAUGGCGUAAAGUUCGGCAAAUCUGAUCUGAGAAAUCCCCCCGUCUCUAAGAUGCUUUCUGAAUACAGACCCCUGACUGAAACUAGGUUUUCUGCUUUAGCUCAUAAUGGGGUAAAUGUAGGACAUGUAUGGAGAAAACUGAUCAUAGAUCAAUUACUCUUAUUCCGAGAUGCUUUAUGAAUACAGGUUUUGGUGACUUUUGGGGACCUGGACUGUGAAAAAUGGCCCAGGCCUUUUCUGAGCAUGUGUGUGUGUGUGUGUGCGUGUGUGUGUGUGUGUGCGUGUGUGUGUGCAUGCAUUCUGCUCAGCCCAUUAGAAUCAAUCCCAGAGAUCCCAACUGCUCAGCAACUGAUCUGGAUUGGCUUACAGCUCAGUGGGACUUGCCUUGUUAUUCAAGCCCCGCCUCCAUUUCGCCUAACGGACCAUAAGCCUACAAUCCCUCAUUUCGGCAUGUCUCUGGGCGUUUCCCUUGUUUUCACCACAGCGAGGAACCCCAUGAGCCCCCUGGAUAAGUGAUUUUUUUAAGGCACCAUAUUGUAAGUGUGUCUUCCGUGUUUUUGUUUUUCUUUUCAAAACAAUGGGACUGUAAUUAUUUUUUUUCAUUGUUUUUUUUGUUCUUUUACAAUAAUGUUAUGUCUGCAGGUAUGUAUGAUUGACUGCAAGCUGUUCACCCAGAAUAGUUGUUUUUUUUUCCCCACUCACUUUGUCUUUUUGCCAAAACUUUUUUUUUUGGUUGUUGUCUUGGGAUGUGCACGCGGGAGAGAGAGAGAGGUGUUGGUGUGCCUCCCCCCUUUCUGUGUUGAGCAGACUGAAUAAAGCGCAGCCCAGGACUCUGA